AUGGCUUCAGAAGGCUCAGACUCACUCUAUUCCUGGCUGCGCCAUGCUGUUGGAUUGGAGGUCAGCCAACGUCAGGUGCUGGUAGAAGGGUACCUUAUCGCGUGGCUGCCAGAGCACAGGUCAUGGGAACCCCCGGAGAAGAUCUAUUCCAACGCAAUCCGCUCCUUGCCAGGGAGUGCCACUGCCUAUCGAAAAGUCUUGCCUCUUGGCAAGGCAGUUCUGAGGCGGAAAGCGAAGCUGGUGAAGCCGGAGAGAAUCUCCAAGGAGAAAUCCCAAAACGUGGCGGAAGAGUUGGUCUCGGUCAUGCGAGGGCCCAAACUUCCAGGCCGCGACUUCAAGGGCGGUUUCCUGACGGCGCCGCACUUGGGAACCCCCAGCCGCUUGAUCGCCUUCGAGGACCCUCCAGUGGCCGUGGAGUGUUUGAGCGAGGAAGAGCGAGCGUUGCAGGGCCGUGAGCGUGCAUUUGGCUGCAAGGCCAUUUUCAACCCGCGCCUGCGGGUCCCGGCCAGCAACGUCACCUCUGUCUUUUGGGAAAAGGAUCCCAGCAUUCCAGGUUAUCGCGCUUUGGUGGAGCGACCAGCGUCGGUGCGUGUUCAGGGCUAUGACCCCAAGGGUCAAGCCGUGGACUUCGUGGCUUCGGGCUGGGAAGCUCGACUCCUUCAGCAGGCCAAUGACGUCUUGGACGGAGUCAACUUCAUCGAUCGCUGCAUCAUGCGAUCUCUAUGCCACCUGGAUGCGCGGAAUGACCCGUUGCCCUCGGAUUGCCCGGUGCUUGGCACUUACAACUCGAGGCCUGCGCGUCCUGCACUGAGCGCUGAGGAACUCAGCGCCGCGGAGAGCGGUGGAAGCAAGGGUAUGUUGGGAUUCCUUCCCAGUUUCGUUCAGCCCAGCGUGUUGCUGAUCGGUUCUCUCUUGUUGCGUCUGCCUGCAAAGGAGGUGACGGACUUUUCGGCCAGCGAGGUGGAGGAAUCAAGCAAGGAGCUUCGAAAUGCCUUAGAGAGCGGCGAACACCCACUGGGUCUGGCCGCACCGCAGUUUGGCAAAGGGCUUCGGAUAGUGGCGAUCGGUGAGACCCAAGAUGCUAUAGAUCGCCUCACUACCAGGGCGCAAAUCUCCGAGGAGCAUCGCGUCUUCAAGACCACGAUCCUGGUGAAUCCCAAGGUGACACCUAAGCCAGGCACCUCGGACGCAUACUUCUUCGAGAGGUCGGCCAGCGUGCCCGGAUAUGAGGCUGUCGUGGGACGCGCCUUGGAGGUGGAAGUCGAGGGCUUCAACGAAGAAGGUCGUGCAGUGAGCUUCGACGCCAAGGGCUGGCAGGCUCGACAACUGCAGCACACCGCGGAUAUGUUGGAAGGUGUUCUCUACGUGGAUCGUAUGGAGACCAGGUCCUUCCGAAGAGACACGGUGGAGGAAGAUCUGCCAGAAGGGGUGCCUUACGGUGUCAAAGCCAAGGCACGAGCCGCAAGCAAGCGCAAGCGUCGCGCCUAG